UGUAAGUGUGCUCUCGGGGGAGUGAACUCAUCGUGAUUGUGGAAGACUGCUUGGCCUUGCAACAGCCUGCAAUAGUUGCACCAUCUGGAUCAAGAGGGCGCAGAGGCCGGGGACUCGGAGAAGAGAGCAGCAGCUGUAGUGGGUUUUGCAUCUUCUCCAGAUCUGCUCUUACUUAGGAACUGAAUUAAGAGGCAAGCGGAGGCUGUGCUGAACAUACUUUGGAGCCAUGAAUAUAUUUGAUCGGAAGAUCAACUUUGAUGCCCUCUUAAAAUUUUCCCACAUAACUCCCUCGACACAGCAGCACCUAAAGAAGGUCUAUGCCAGUUUUGCACUGUGUAUGUUUGUGGCGGCAGCAGGGGCCUAUGUCCAUGUGGUCACACACUUCAUCCAGGCUGGCCUACUCUCCGCCCUGGGCUCCUUGGCCUUGAUGAUUUGGCUGAUGGCAACACCCCACAGCCAUGAGACCGAGCAAAAGAGACUGGGACUUCUCGCUGGCUUCGCCUUCCUCACAGGAGUCGGCCUGGGACCUGCCCUGGAGCUGUGCAUUGCUGUCAACCCCAGCAUCCUCCCCACGGCCUUCAUGGGCACGGCCAUGAUCUUCACCUGCUUCAGCCUGAGCGCCCUGUAUGCCCGGCGCCGGAGCUACCUGUUUUUAGGAGGUAUCUUGAUGUCAGCCAUGAGCCUCAUGCUCCUGUCCUCUCUGGGGAACCUUUUCUUUGGCUCCAUUUGGCUGUUCCAGGCAAACCUGUACCUGGGACUGCUGGUCAUGUGCGGCUUUGUCCUCUUUGAUACUCAGCUCAUUAUUGAGAAGGCUGAACACGGAGAUAAGGAUUACAUCUGGCACUGCGUUGACCUCUUCCUAGAUUUCAUUACCCUCUUCAGGAAGCUCAUGCUGAUCCUGGCCUUCAAUGAGAAGGACAAGAAGAAGGAAAAGAAGUGACCAACUGGCCGUCAGCCUUUCCCAGCUCACCUUCUCUCCCUCCCCCCACCCCCCGUUUCUUUGCACACAUCACAGGUGUUGUGUUCUAUGAUAAUGAAAGCAUCAGGAAAGCUUUUGUACUUAGUGGUUUUCUCUAUUUUGAAAUUUUUUGAUCAAAAAACUGAAUAGUGAAUAUAGUUUGGAGUUUGGCUUCGUGUCCUGGGUUCUUCCCCGUCCCUUUUCUGUCAGCCCAUCACAGCCACCUGCUCUGCUCGGGCAGCCAGGCACCAGAAGUGAGAGCGGAAGUCUACACCCUGCCGAGCCGCUGCAGAUGGACCCCCGCUGCAGAUGGACCCCCGCUGCAGAUGGACCCCCGCUGCAGAUGGACCCCCGCUGCAGAUGGACCCCCGCUGCUGACUGGACCCUCUCUGGCCCUGUGGUUCGCUUCUCACAGUUCCAGUGAGACUGGGCAGCGUGUUUGCCUGUCCCGAGGUGCCAGGCCUGCACAGAGUGGACUCUGGUGGGUGCUUCCUUCCUCAGCUGCCUGAGUCUGGCACAGGCCUUUCUGCCUUGCGGUGAGGAGGAGAUGUAGGUUUGUGAGCGCGCUCUUCCACUCUGAGCCGCCCUCAGGGAACCACCUGCUUUCCAUCUGUGGGGUGGGGAGGCUUGAGUACGGGAAGAGCUCGCUCCAAGUGUGUGUGGCAAGGUGGAGACAACAAUUCCAAGGUUCCCUAGUGUGUUUUUCUUUGUUGGUUCUUAAAAUUAUCAACCUUUGUUACUGAUGGGACUCCACUAGGUGGCUGUGGGUAAAGUCUUGGGGGGAGGAUAGGAAAGGAGACCGGCUGAGCCUCAGGGCUAAUUGUACUGAGGAAGGACUGCAGCUCCCGGUGACCGUGCGGAGUCGGUGAGGUGGGACUGGUGACUCUCAGAAGCUCCUCGGUGCACUUUUGUCUCGGCAGAGCUGGGAGGGAGCAGGCGCUUGCGGAUGCACAUCACUUACUGGGUUUGUUCACCUGUUUCCAGCAAGUUUUGGUCUUUUGGGCAGAAGCCUGUUGACCAAACUGUGGGCCACCAGAGUCUGCACAGAAAGGUGGCACCCGGAGUGGUUGUGGCCCUCGCUACCAAGCCACGGGCAGCCCAUUCCCAGUAGGAUGGCGGUUUGGAUUUCUUUGCUCAGAGCCAGUGCAGUUGACACAGUGGCUGCUGGGUUACUGUCCCAUGAGACUGCACUGGACUGGUGCAGCCAGAGUGGCGCAGUGCACUAAGGUGCCAGCCACCCUGCCUGCCCGGUGCCUCCCGCUGGCCUGAGCUUACUAACUAAGGGAUGGCAGCAGCUCCCCAGAAAAACGACACUGCGAGCCCUCGGGACAUGACUGAGUUCCACCUCCUGAAGCCAGACUCCACCUCUUGUGCUUUUUUGCUUGGGAAAAAGGAGUUUUUCUUUAGAAACAGUGCCAAGAAUGAUAUAAACUACUUUUAACUAAGAUGCCUAACAGGCUUUUAACACAGGUGUCCAUCUCCACUCUGUCCCCGGUCUCUGUUCCAGCUCAGGCUGUGUUCUCUAACUCAUACUGUGAAGACAACCGUGUUUUUGAUUAAAAAAAAUAUAUCUACAUAGUCUUAAUUUGUAAAAAAUAAAGAAAAUUCCUUAACCUUU